UCUGAGGUGGGCGUUUUGUACAAGUUUAGUGUUUAGUUAAACUGACAUUACAACAGUGAAAGUGAAAAUGUCAGGAGGUUUUGUACCAGGAACGGCAGCACAAUGCACAGCGGAAGUUGAGCUCUCUAUAUCUUGCAGGAAUCUAAUAGGUAAAGACAUAUUGAGCAAAUCGGACCCCAUGUGUGUAACAUAUAUGAAACCAUUUGGUGAGUCUCGUUGGGUUGAAUACCACCGAACAGAGCAUAUCAAAAACACACAUGAUCCAGAUUUUACAAAGAAAGUUCACGUUAUGUACCGAUUUGAAGAACAGCAGCCAAUAAAGUUUGACAUCUAUGAUAUCGAUUCCUCAAGUACAAAUCUUGCUGAUCAUGAUUUUCUUGGAUCAGCAUACUGCACCGUGGGACAGAUUGUGUCAAGUGGAAAGGUUCAGCUUCCUCUACAAUCAAAUGCAAGUCAACCUGUGGGGGAUCAUCAGAGCUUUGUGGUUAUUACUUCUGAGGAGCUCUCAUCCUGUAAAGAUGAAGUUAUUCUAGAGUUCAGUGGACACAACUUGGAGAAGAAAACAUUUCUGUUCUUCUUUGGACAUUUAAAUCCAUACCUUGUAUUCUAUAAAUCAACUGAAUCUGGAGAUUUCUCUGCAGUUUUCAAAACAGAGGUAGUGCAUCACACCAAUAAACCACAUUGGCGUCGCUUUUCAAUUCCUGUAAGACAGCUUUGUAAUGGUGAUUAUGACCGCAACAUAAAAGUCGCAUGUUAUCAUUCAAGUUCAUAUGGAGGUGAUGACUCACUUGUUGGGGAGUGUAAUGUUACCUUGCGAACACUAUCUUCAGGUCCUUCCAGCAAUACAAAGCUCCAGCUUAUUCAUCCUGAGAAGAAGAGAAAACCAUCCUAUAGAAAUUCUGGUGAAAUUUGGUUAGACAAUUUUGAGACAAGGAAGAUAUAUUCUUUCAUGGACUACAUUAAGGGAGGUACUCAGCUUCAUUGCUCCAUUGCUAUUGAUUUCACAGCUUCUAAUGGCAAUCCACUUGCACCUGAGUCACUGCAUUUUAUUGGUCCACAUCCAAAUAUGUAUGAGCAAGCAAUACAAUCAGUUGGAACGAUAAUCCAGGAUUAUGACACUGACAAAUUGUUUCCUGUACUUGGAUUUGGAGCUCGUUUACCUCCUGAUGGCAGAGUAUCACAUGAGUUCUUUGUCAACAUGAACCCAACUAAUCCAUAUUGUGAUAGAAUUGCAGGAGUUCUUGCUGCAUACAGAGAUUGUAUAAGACAGAUCCAGUUAUCUGGUCCAACAAAUUUUGCUCCAGUUAUAAAUCAUGUUGCCAGGUUUGCAAAUGCCUACAGAGAUGGCUCCAGCUAUUUUAUUCUCCUGAUUCUUACUGAUGGUGUCAUUACUGACAUGCCACAGACCACUCAGGCCAUUGUGGAUGCAUCCUGUCUUCCAUUGUCUAUAAUAAUAGUUGGCAUUGGAAAUGCUGACUUUAGUGCCAUGGAGACCCUGGAUGCUGAUACUGUUGCACUGUCUGCUGGUGGCCGACGUGCUGUUCGUGACAUAGUACAGUUUGUUCCAUUCAACAAGUUUGUGCAUAUGGGUGAUCCCCAAACUGCUAGGCUCAGGUUAGCAAGAGAAGUGCUUGCAGAAAUCCCGCAGCAGUUUAUUGGUUAUAUGAAGGCUAACAAUAUUAUUCCAAAACCACCUCAAGAAAAUGUAGUUAUGCUGCCACCUGAUCCAGCUCUUACAGCAAUAUCAUAAACAUUUGCAUUUCAUGUUUGUGUGUGUUUGUAUUUACAAAACUGGAAUGAUAAAAUUACUACACUUUUAUUCCAAUGUGCUUUUGUUUGUUUCAGUAUUACAAAAGCAUGUCAAAAUAUUUGUACUAAAAAAUUGCAACUGCACACUUCAGUCCCACAAACAUUGUACCCAUGGUAUUGGGGUUGGUUUCGACUAAAUAGAUCAAAAUAAUGUGUUCAGUAAAGACGUGUAUGAUAUGUUUGCCAGUUAGUGAAGUUAAGAAAUUUGAUUACAGUGGUGGUUUUGUAUAUCUCAAAAAUAUAUUUAUUGGAUAUUUUUAUAAGUAACGAAAUUUCAUUUAGUGUGAGGUAUACGUGAAUUACUUAGGAUUCACUAAAACCUAAAGAAACAAAUGCUUUUUAAAUACUGGAAAGUACAGGAUAGAGUUCCAUUAAUAUGGUAAAGAUAGAUUGCUCUCACCACAAAGUGAGACAUUGACUCUCAGACAGGCACAAUUAAAAUGACUGCUAAAAUGUCUGAGCUCUUGGGCAAAAACUUUGGAGACUGUGGCCAUGCAAGUGUGGGUUGUGCUUUUGUGAAUGUGAAUGUGUGUGUGUGUGUGUGUGUGUGUGUGUGUGUGUGUGUGUGUGUGUUUUCUAUUUCAGAAGAUGGACUUUGUCCAACAGAUCAAAUAUUGUAGUUGCCUUAUUCAUUGUGCCUGUCUGAGAGUCAAUGCUGCCUCUGUGUGGCGAGUAGCAUUCUAUACUUUCAAAGAGUGCUUUUUUCAUCUGUAUGUGUAAGACCUGUUCAGCAGGACUCAUAUGGUCACAGAUCUGUGAUCACAAAGCUGGUCAGUCAAUUACACUGCCACAUUUUUUACUUGUUUUAUUUAUUUUUGAAAAUUUUAAUUCCCUAGUGUCUCAUUUUUUACUGAAAUUCCUCUUACACUGAAAUUAGUGAGGUACUUAAUGUAAUCAAGGAAUGUGCAUUAAAGGAAGUUUUGCUCAUUAUUGCAGUUGAUAUACUGUGUUAGCUAAAGGAAAGACAGUACUUGUUCUUUCAAUGAGGGGUGUGAUUUCUUGAAUCAGGUUAUACAAAUUGAACACAUUUUCAUCCAGUUGAAAACUGCCACUAACAAAGAUUUUAAGUAAUCUCACAAGCGAUUCUUUUUGAAUGUUUCAAGCCAAAGGAAAAGUCUGUAACAAAUUCUUACUUACUACAUUUCAUAGUACAGUUAUAAAAUGUUUACAUUUUCUGGGUAAUAUUUGAAUUUAGGAAAUGACCACUAAAUGCGCAAAAAGUUUUGACAAAAGAUUGCAUUUAUAUUUUUAUAAACAUCUAUUACUACACAUUUGAAAAAUUCCUUAUAUUAGUUAAGAAAAUACUGCUACCAUCUAUUCAUCGGCAUCAACUAAGAGUAUAGCAAUCUUGGCGAAUGAAAAUCUCUGACAGUUGCAGUGGGCUUCGCAAGGCUACUUUUGUGCCUGUGUCAACUGUUCAUGACAAUGCUUCUGCCUCGUCACAACUCUGUAGAAGACUAUUGCAGUUAUUUGAUCUUUACAGCUGAAAACCAACUGUCAGGUAUCUGUUUCUGCGGUCUCUAUUAUAAAUGCUAUUUGACUCUGCUUCCUGUCCAUACUUGACAAGAGUAACUGGUAAGGUAUUUUUCAUAUCUGCUUGCCAGAAACUCAUUGUGUCGGAAAGCUCUCCUCACUAAAACAACAAAACACAUUUAAUUCUUCUUCCUUUUGUGGGAGUUGGGUGUAUUAGACACUAUCUUGGCCAGCAAACACAAUUUAUUAGAGUAACAAAUAUGAUUAUUAUUGGGUGCUAGGCUAAAAGGGUAUGAGUAAAAGAAACCUUGAAAGAUGUGUUUUCAAGUUUGUAAACAAAUUGACAAAUCCAGUUUUUUCACAAUAUAUCGAUGACUUAUCUAGUCAUCAAGACAUAAGCAGAAAUAGAAUCAUCAGCCCAUCUGGAUACACAAAAAUGCGUAAUCCACCAUAUGUGCCAAGAGAAUCUCAGAAAUCAUGUGUAAAAUGAGGCUAUUGCUCUCAUCCAUAUAUAAAUGUUAUAGUAGCAAGGAUUUGAACAUUAAAAUUAGUUUGUGCUUGUUAUGAUGGCUCAUAGUGGUGUUUAAGUAAUUCCGUGGUCCAGGUGGUUUGUGGCAAAUAUGCCACCAUGCCACUUGUAAUUUUAAUGAUAGGAGCCAUCACCUCAAAAUCUUAAAUAGCAAAUAGCCAUGUAAUAUCUUCAUAAGAUUGCAAGAGAGUGGAGAUAAUAACUCUGGUUCAACACAAUUUGAAAGCUGCCAAGAAAUUAAAAAAGAAAGGUAGUAAGGAUAAAAAGUAAUACAGAUAUCCUAAACCAUAAAUACUGUAUUCUAGUGGCUGACAACAUAGCAACACACAUUUUGAAGCACUUCUAAUGUCACAUAUUAACUAACAUGAGGAAAUUUCCUUACUAGAUUAGUGUACAUCUAAGAGUCAGAUGCUGGGUGAGCACAGUAGUGAUUGACUCCACCAUAUGCUGAACCAGCCAGUAACAUCAUCCGUUCACAUGUCUGCAGUAAGCACAAAGAUAAUUUGGAAUUGAUUUUUCAAAUCAUUGUAAAUAUGGGAAGGCCACUUAGGUGUGGUGGUUUCCUUAUGGCUGACAAAAUGUACACACAUAAGUACUCUGUUAACAAGUGGUACUAAUAGCCUUUAAAAAUUUGUAUAUUCCAAAAACUAAGUCAGAAACGUGAAUAGUGGCCUCAUGGUUCAUACUCUUAGUGUUGCCAGUUGUUUGGGACAAAGCAGAGAACACACUUGUGCCAUGACAAAGUAUUCUGUCUCUCUUUGCAGAGAAUGCAUCACAAAUAGGCCUUCUAACUUGCAAACUUCUCUAGCUGAUGGCUUAAGUACACACUUUUCAAAAUUUCAUCCAUAAUUAUAAAUGUACUGUGUGGAUUGAUGUGCUUUCUUUGAGACUCAGUGUAGUCCUUGUGGUCUGUCUGUGCUACAGCUUAUUAUUAAAGAAAAGAGGUCAGCUUCUGACUUCUUUCCUAAAAUUUUAAGGGAAUUUUUUGAAAAAUUUAUCUAUUUGAAAUGGGGAAAAAUGUUGUAAAAAAAAUUUUCCUGUAAAAUGACUUACUUAGCCAAUACAUAAGGUGUGUGUUACUUUAGGUGCCAUAUAUUGUAGAUAGAUGCUAAAUGUUAGUGCCAAACUGCCAGUGAAUUGAAUAUAUAUGUAUGUAUAUAUAGCCUAUUUCUUCAGUUCAAAUGUAAUAAGAUUGGGAAGAAUAUCAAAAUAAUCUAAUACUAUGUUUCAUGGUACUCCCAUUUGUUACCAAACCUAGCAUUCUCUGAUAAUUCUCAAUCUAAUACUAUGUUUCAUGGUACUCCCAUUUGUUACCAAACCAAGCAUUCUCUGAUAAUUCUGAGAGACCCUUACAUAUAUACUUGAUGUUCCUGUACUGCACAAAGAUGGCAAAUGCAAUGGCUAUCAAACUAUAGAGAAUUACAUAUACGUUUAUUUUAUUGUAAUGGUAUAAACAUGUUUUAAAAGCUUAUCAGAAUCUGAAUUUACUAAGUCUUCUCAUUGUAGCUCUGUACAUGUCAGAUGUUUAAAAUUAACUUGUGUUAUUGAAACUAUCAUGGCUCACAUUUGUAAAUAGUUUGUACUGCUAUGUUGCAUGAAUAUUCUAUUUUUACAACUAAUUUAUGUAAAAAGAUGUCGAUAUAUUCUUUAUUGUGAUCAAUUUAUAGAAUAGAAUUUUAAUAUAUUAUAGCUGUGAAUUCUCGUGUUACACCAUUCCAUGAAACGUCUUCUAGUAUUAAGAAUUUACUAUGCCAGUAACUUAAUCGUACAUUGUGAAAACGAGGUAUCUUGCAUUAUAAAUGUUGUUUAUUGUCACAGAGAGAGUUAUGUAAGUCCACAAUCAAAAUGUACCACUACUGUACUGUGUAAAGCUGCUGGUUAUGUGCACUUUCUAAUUUACACCUGAAAUUUACCUUGUUACUCAUUGCUCAUUCUCCAAUCAGUCCCUUAUCUUUGAUAUGGACAUACUGUAGCUGUUUACAAGAAAACAGUUUUGAUAAAUUCUCUUUUAGACACUUAGUAAAUGAGCACCCAGUGUUCUUUGUGUGCUAUUCACCUCAGUCUCAUGCACACUGUCUUAACCUAAAUCCGUAUAUACCUCCCCACUUUCUCCUCCCACCAUGUACACCUUUCACCCCCACACAAGAAAGAGAAAACUCUUGAUUAGUUUAGCUUGUCUUUAUGAGAGAAUGAAAGUGUACACUUCAGGUCAGUUAUCUUGUUUUGCAAAUUGAGUUCUCUGAAUAUGCUUCAUGGAUACUUCCAGUUUCUAAAUUGCUAGUCAUCUCAUAGGAUUUUCAUCCUUGAGAAGACAACCUAGUAGAGAAUGGUUUGGUCCCAGCUUUUUGGGCUGUUUCCAAAAUGGAAUCUCUCUCUUUCUGCAGCAAUGUGAGCUUUAAUAGUAAGCCUGUGUGUAACAUUGAAUUUAUAUAUCAAACUGGGUUCAUAAAGUUUUGUUCUAGCAGAUCCUCUCCAAACUGUAGCAACUCUUCUGUUAACCAUGCAGACUCGGAACCAUUGCAUUCUAAAUAAGUCUCCAUUUAUAUGAGUAUUGGCAUUUUGCUCAUGAUUGCGUCCAGCCUAACAUUUAGCUUGUUAAUAGCAAUGAAAGCGUGAAACAGGCUGUGAUACCUAGCAUAAUGUCAACAAAUUUGUGAAUGAGAAACCUUAAGUAGCUUUGUAAGAUAGAGAUUUUGAGUGAUAUUCAGUAAAGACAAAUAUGAGAAGUGACACACCCCUUCCAUAUGAAAACUUGUGGAAAAAAUUCACCAGUCUGCAGUAUCUUUCAAAGAAUGAUGGAGAGAAUGCACAUUCCAUGAAUCAUGUGUAACAUAGCUGAUCCCUGCAUAUGUCUUGAAAUUCUACCUCGAUUUUUGUUGAAAUCUGGGAAAUUUCAACUGAAGUGUUCUUGAAAGAUGAAAUAUGUUAUUCAAAUACACUGUUGGAAGGAGGACUGGAAUGGAUUCCCCACCUACCCUAUUUCUUGGAUAGGUGUGUUUUAAUACACUUUCUUUUUCUGUGAGAAUUAUUACACACAUGAAAGCACAUUCAUUUCAUUGUAAUGUAGACGUAAACAGUUGGUUAUCUGUUUCAUAGUACAAAAUAUAUCCCCUUACAACGUGCAUGUAAUGACUAGUGUACAGUUUAUAACAAAUUUAUACACUUGUAUUUCUUCCGUGUAUGAAGAUAUCAGGUAAUAGGCAUUGUAGACUUUUUUGCAUUUCAUGUAGUGAGUUGAUUCCUCAUCACACAAAUGUCAGUGACUGAGAUCAGCACAAGCUUUUCCUUGAAUUGUGCACUGCAAGUCACAUGUGGUUUGCUUUUAUUGGUACAAUGGUUCAAAUCGUGCCAGCGGUGCACAUUUCAACAGAGGUAUCUCCGUCUCCCCCCCCCCCCCCCCCUCUCUCUCUCUCUGAGCAUUUUUAUGCUAAAACUGAAAGACUGUAUUUAAAUUUAAGGGAAUUUGCAUCAUGCUUACUUCCCAAUAAAAAUUAUUUUAAUUUUUUGUGUAAAUGUAUUUUUCAUGUUACUAUCUAUGUACAUCUGCUUAUGUAUUACCAUUCAGGGUAUACUUUCUUGCCAACUGAAAGUUUUUCUAGUUUAUCACUGACUGAUAUGAAACAUUGUAGGCAGAAUAUAUUAAAACUGUUUAUGAUUUUUUGCACAAUCAGAAUAAUAGUCAAAAAGGAAUGAUCAAGAUGUGUGUGUGUGUGUGUGUGUGUGUGUGUGUGUGUGUGUGUGUGUCAGUGUAUCAGAAAAUUCUAAUGCCUCUUAAAUUUCCUCUGUGCGCACAGAAAAUAUUGGAAUGAUAAGCCUGCUUGAAUAAUUCAUUGUUUAACACCAGUAUAUACUGAUUAUAGUGUGCUGAAGUUUGAGCGAUAUUAGUUCGGUUAGUAUCCCAUGAAAUUUAGCAAAUAUGAUCUUGUCCACCAUUUAACUACGCUGUUCAAAAUGUACCAAUGCAAAAUAUGAAAUGGGCAGUGAAAUAUAUUGAUUUACUUCUUGUAACUUUGCUGGGUAGAAAAUCUGUGCCACUUUUCCCAACCUUUGACUAUAGCCUCAUAUAUCUCUCCCAAUUCCCCCCACC